AUGCGUUGCUCAUUGGACUAUUACAGUGACUUGUGCCGUCGCAAAAAAAUUAAAUGCGAUGGAACAAUCCCGAUCUGCAGUAAUUGCAAUGCCUUUCACCUCAAAUGUAGUUACAAAGAUACAACCAAAAAGAGGGGGCCUCCUAAAGGAUAUAUUGAAGCAAUUGAAAACAGGCUGUACAAACUGGAGAAUAUUUUACAAGAUAUCUCAAAAGACGAUGAUCCACGCUCCCAAAUUCUUCGCGCUGAGUUGAGUGAACCGUUGAAAACCGCCGGUGGCGAGCAAAUAAGGUCACGUCCCGUUAGACGACACCAGAAUAGUGGGGAACAUGGUACUCCAGGACACGAAAAAAGGACAAACAAGUCGAGAAAAAACACGCAAGACAGUACUCGGUCAAACUCCCCGCAAACCACCCCAUGUUCUCCCCAACUAUCGCUAAUUGACAGUCCUGUAGCCAGUCAUGUAGGUUCUCCACACAGUUCUCAAAGUGUUGAGGAUAAUACUGGUCAACUAUCAAUGGGCGAGAGUGGGGAAGUACGAUAUUUGGGAAAGUCCUCGGGAUUCUAUCUUCUUCAAAACAGCCGAACUUACCAAAAUGGCGCUUUUCACUUCACGGGACGAAAUCAACGCUCAGGAUCUCAAAGUAAAUCUAGCCUAACUAACUCCUCUUUUGAUCCUUUGGAAUUACCACCAAAAGAUCUAUCUGAAAAUCUUGUCAAGUUAUACUUUCGCCACAUAUACCCUGUCCUCCCUUUGUUUUACAAGAAAAGACUUGUGUCCUCCACAUGCACAGUUGCAGAAAUGCUGUCGCCUUUGCUAUUAAAUGCCAUAUACGCCGUCGCUUCUCGUAUGUCACCCGAUGUCCGAGUGCGAUCGGACCCUACGUCGGCAGAUACAGCAGGAGACGUCUACUUCGAAAGGGCCCGGUGCCUUUUAGAUGACUACUAUGACAUACCACGGAUAUCAACCAUACAAGCAUUAAUAUUACUCGCAGCGCAUCAACAUGGUGCCAUGAAACCAGCCCGAGCUUGGCUGUACAGUGGGAUGGCUUUCCGUAUGGCACAGGAUCUAGGCUUACAUCGGAAUUGUGACCAUUGGGAUAUACCAUCCGAAGAACGUGAGCGACGGAAGCGAGUAUUCUGGUGCUGUUAUAUUCUUGAUCGCAUCCUGAGUGCAAGUUAUGGGCGUUCGGCCACAUUUGAAGAAAGAGACUGCGACGUUCCGCUUCCAACUGUUGAUGAUGAUGAUGACGAAGAUGAGCCUGAGACAAACCCCGAUUCUGAAAAUGCACAACCACCUGUUCGGAUCAUGAUUGCAUUUACGCAUUUAAUAUCCCUGUGUCAUAUCCUUGGAGACGUUUUGAAAAACGUAUAUUACGCAAAAUCUCUCUAUCAUGCUUCCAUAAAUCAUGUGGAGCACAUCCUUUCCUCCCUUAAUCAAAGACUUGACAAAUGGCACGAUAACUUGCCAUUUUCUAUACGGUACGAUCCGUCCAACCCACACAAUUCCGCUAUCCCCGAGUUUCUCUCACCGAUUGUUGGCCAAUUACACAUGGUGUACUACACCACCGUUAUUCUUCUCCACCGUCCAUUUAUUCCCGGUCAGAAACAAGCAGUAAACAUCAUAUCUUUUCCUUCCAAUGAAAUAUGCCUUUCGGCUGCCAAUUCAAUACUGUCUAUUGUUAACAUAAUGCUCGAAAAGGAUUACCUAAGAUACACUUUGCAUUAUAUAAUAUACUGUUUAUUCACCGCUGCUAUUAUAUUUGUCCAGACAGCAUCCUCGCCCGAAGAAGAAAAGGCAUUGGAAGCAAGGGUUAGUAUCACCAAGAUCUUACGCUCCCUAGAUGAAAUCGAGACCACAUGGACCACGGCUUCAAGAACAUGUGGGAUUCUUGCCGAACUGGUCGGACUUCGUGAAAUUAAUCUUGGAUAUGAUUCUUCUGAACGAACCCAAGAUUCGCGUCCUGAAUCUAUACCAGAUAACAACGAUGCAUUUGGAAACCAUAACAAUAUAUCUUAUGAAGACACUGUGGAUACAACAGCCACAGCACCUUCUAAUCAAACAUCAUCUUACGAAGAUUCAAGGGGCUGGAAUAAUAAUUCAGAGACAAGGAACACCGUAAAGGCUGAUGCUGGUCUUCGCAACAUCUAUGACAGUCCACAUUUUGGAAAUCAUAGCUACUUGCCAAACUAUAUGAGUCAGUCAAAUAUACCAGAGGACAAGAGAGGAAGCCUACAUCCAUCUUCAUCUUGGAGUGAGCAGAGUUCUCUUAAUAACCAAGAUUCUCAAUUUGUAAUGACGCCUUUGACGGAUCCAUUUGCCGCACCUAAUACUGUUGUUAGCCGACCAUUGAAUAGACAAUUCAAUCCUUUUGGGUCAGCGUUUUGGGGGGUUCCCUCCUCACUAGAUAUGAAUGAGUGGAGUACUUAUCUUGGAAACCAAGGAACGCAAACCUAUACACAGCAACAACAACAAAAUAAUCAUCAUCAUCAGCAGGAUCAAAACCAAUCACUACAGCCAGAAAUACAACCAAGAUCACAGCCUCAAAGCCAGUCUCGACAGCUUAAUUACAUCUCCAACCAGCCUUUUGAUAAUGUAUUUCCAAACCCACAAUACACAGACUCUACAUCGUUAAUGCCUUCGCGGCUUUUAUCUCCUGUGCAUAACUUUAAAAGCCUCGGUCCUUUACAAAUGAAUCCUCCACAAGUGCCAAGCACUACAGCUCGUUCAGCUGUACCAUCUUACUUUCCAAUACCAAAAAAUGCAUCUUUUAAUCCCACAAAUGACCUUAUUCAUUCUGAUAACAGUGUCGAUGUCUUAUCAGGAGUGAACAUGCCGAUGAACUUACCAAACUCGCCUUCCGAAAGCUCCUUGUUGGGCCUAUUGUCUAACCCACCUGAUAAUAAGUCAGUACGAAAUAGCUGUGAAAAAUAA